UCGAUUUCCAUGGAAGAUGGCGGCAACAAUUCGAAGGCUUUGUUUCGACUCCGCGCUUUCUUGUGGAGAAAGGAACCGAUUUCUCUGUGAUUCUGCGUCUUCAACUCCUCCAAGCUUCGUCUCUUUCAAGUGUCUCUCCUUCUCUGCUGCUCUCUCGUUGAGCGUCGUUCCCAAUGUCAAAGAAUCGUUGUCACAGAGCGCUCGGGAGAGAUCAAUUCGUCAUGGAUCCGUAACUUGCAUGGCCAAAAGAUAUGCUCCUAACACUACGAAGAGAAAGAGGUUGAGUAGGAAGAGGGGUGGUGAUCCAGAAAAGAAAAAGAAGACAAGGAGGAAAGGGGGAAGGAAAGAUUUCAAAAUAAUCCGACUCUCCUCAACCGCUGGGACUGGUUUUUUCUAUGCCAAGAAAAAAAGCAGGAAGAUGGCUGAUAAGAUUGAGCUCCAGAAAUUUGACCCUCUUGCAAAACGACAUGUUCUGUUCACUGAAGUCAAAAAUUGCAGAGAAAAAGAGGGAAAAGAAGGAAAGUAAGUGAGAGUGGAGUUGGAAAAGUUGGGUGGUGCGCAGCGCAAGGACCGAUGUGAGUUUUUCUCUACUCUUCACGCCUACUCCAUCUUUCAUGCACGUGUCUCGCCAAUUAUUUCCUUUUCUCUUCAAUAAAAAAAUAUUGGAUUUUCCUAAUUAAGAUAAAUGAUA